AUCCAGGCGCACUCCCAAACUCCUCGUCUUCGAGCUUCUCAUGCAAAUAUUUUUAAAGCAUAACAUAAAGAUUACGUAUAACGUCGCGCAACUACCUCUCUUCGAUGGCCACCUCGCGCGACCCCUCGCCCUCCAAGCAGCGGCCGAACUACCCCGCGUGGCUCUAUAAGCUGCGCCGGCGCGUGUGGACCUUCAUCGAGGAUCUCCUAGAGGAGUUUGGCCCCUGGAUUAAGUGGCUGGUGUUCGACGCGCUUUUGACGCUCAUUGUGGGCUUUAUUGCCUCUCGGUUUGAGGCGACGAGGCCCAUUUUUGAGGCCGUCGGCUGGCUCUAAAGCGUCCUCAACUCCCG